UCAGUGGCGCUUAAAUGAACGAUUAUAGACGAGUUAAUUAAAUUCGGCAGAAACACAAACAACGUUCGAGCGUGGAGCAACAGGUUUUACGUUGUUGAAAAACACUUUAAAGGUAUUAACUCAUUCCGCAAACGGAGUUUGUGGCCGCCGGUUUACACCCGUCCUGGCACGUAGCGAUAGCACAGCGGCAUAUUCCACCCGCAGCAGACAAAUCGUCAGCAUCACAUCUCGCGCAUCCAUCUCGGAUCCCAUCGGCAAAGGAACCGGACAACCGGAGCACCGGAGCACCCGAGCACCGGUAAAGAAUUCAUUUAGAUUUGACGCGCAGCAACACACGCCACCAUGUUUGCGGUAAUGCGUAUUGACAACGACGACCGUAGGGCCGACUUCCGUCGCAAGAUGCGACCAAAGUGCGAAUUCGUCUGCAAGUACUGCCAGCGGCGCUUCACCAAACCGUACAACCUGAUGAUCCACGAGCGCACGCACAAAAGCCCGGAGGUGACGUUCUCCUGCGAGGUUUGCGGCAAAUACUUCAAGCGGCAGGAUAAUCUACGCUCGCACAGAUGCAGUCAAUGUAUUUGGCGGUAA